AUGGAACAAUGUGACGACAAACAACGUCUAAUCAACAGAGUAGAGCUCUCAGAAUCAGAUGAAAAUGAUGUAAAAUUGACCAAUGGCAUUAACAUUUGUGUUGACGAUAACAUUAUUAAUGCUGGUAAUAAUGGUGAAAAUUUGAAAGAUUCUCUCAUCAUCUUACUUAAUCCCACUGAUUCAAAUGUAAAGAAAAAUGGCGGAAGUACAUUUUAUGUUGAUCUGCCAGCCAGUGAUCGACUUGUUGGACUGCAGAAGGAUGUAAUUAAAAGUCUUACCUAUGUUAAUGGUGGUCUGGGAGAUGAAGAUGAUGAAGAUGAGGAUGGCGAUGAUGAGUUAUACAACAACAAAUCAAUGUCCUCUCCACUUCUGGACAAAGAUGGUGAUGACAAAAUCCCAGACAAAAAAGAGAACGAGGUAUCAGUUGGUACCAUAAUAAAAAAGUUUGAUGAACCGACGGAAAAUUCUUUAAAAACUGCAGUCGAAGUGUUCUUCCCUUAUAUCAUUGGUGGGUUUGGGAUGGUGAUGGCUGGUUAUGUCCUCAAUAAAGUACAGGAAGUGACAUCUGUCAAUUAA